AUGUAUUAUGACAGAGCAUUUGACUAUAAACUUUUGACAUUUUCCGAUUAUUAUCUCUCUCCGUCUCUCAUUCCGCCCAUUCCUAAUAAAACCCAAUUUUGUGAUACAGGGAUGGCUGAGAAAUUACGUGAUACAGAAGUAUCACUGGGAGAAUUGGUUGUCUUUAACAUCUUAUAUGAUCUGACAGACUUUUCACAUGGCCCUUUUCUCAAAAAUAAUAAAUCGCUUAGUCUCGGAUGCACAUCAAUUGUUGCUGCACAAAAUAAUGGGAAAAUAUUACAUGGAAGAAAUUUGGAUUAUGAAAUGACACAAGUACUUAAAGAUGCGACUAUUUUAGUGGAUUUUGUUAAAAAUGGAAAGGUACAUUACACUGCUGUAACAUUUGUUUUGGCAGUAGGAAUUAUUACUGGACAAAAGCCCAACGCCUUCACUGUCUCCCUAAAUGCUAGAUACAGUGGAGGACCUAUACUCAACAUUUUGAUGGAAUUAAUUACUCGUUUUAAACACCCCGUUGCUUUACAAAUACGUAAAACUUUGGAAUUUGAACAAGAUUAUGUCUCUGCAUUGUCUCAGCUUAGUUGGACAUAUAUGAUAGCUCCUUCUUAUUUAAUUGUCGGUGGAAAAGAUGGGGAUGGUGCUGUUAUUACAAGGCAAAUACAUAUUUUUGUUUGGAAAAUUAUUUGGUUGGACUGA